CGCGCGACGACGCGCGCGCCCUCGCGACCGCCGAGUCGGUUGCGGCGAUCGUCCGUCGACGCGCGCGACGACGCGCGCGCGCGCGCGUCGUCGUCGUCGUCGUCGACGUCGUCGGAGGGACGGCAUCGCAUCUCCGCGCGCGACGCAUCGUUCGGCGCGGGCGAACGAGACGCGGGCGACGACGCGCGCGCGGCGACGCGAGAUGACUGCGCGAUGAUGGAAGACGACGCGCGAACGUACGAGACGGACGAUAGCGACGGGAGCGACACGGUGACGGCGCUGAUCGAGAGAACGACGGAGACGGAGAAGAUUACGCGAGAUUACUGCGCGACGGAGGAUUCGGCGCGCGAGCGAACGGGAGACGCGAACGCGAGCGAUGCGAUGAUCGAGGCGUUGGAGGGGAAGAUAAAGGCGUGCGAAGGCGCGAGCGCGUCUGGGAAGGGGGCACAGGCGCUGUAUGCGAAGAAAGCGGCGGCGGAGACGGCGUUGGGGAAACUCUCCGACGCGUUGACUUCGUCUAAAAGAGUGAUCGAGAUAGCGCCGCUCUGGUUUCGUGGUUACGUGCUGCUCUCCGAAGUGACGUUGCGACAGUGUUGCGACUCAUCAUCGGUGAACGACGUGGACGCGGCGAAAGAAAUCGCAAAGGCGGCGCUCGAGAGAGCGCUUUUUUUGGAACCAAACGUCUCGAAAGAUUCAAAGUUUCUUAGUUUAUGCGCGAAAAUUGGCGCCAUGUCGGCUUCAUAGGUCGCCGGCGCGCGGGUCGACAUUUAGGUUACGACGAUAAGACGCGUCUUAUCACACGUCGCGUCUUUCGUCCAGUUUUGCUAGCACUACUCUCUUCUAAUACACGUUUUGACUGGUUGUACUA